CAUUUCUCAUUUCUCUCUCUCUCUCUCUCUUAAUUUGGUGGACGGUCCAAACCUAGGCUAUGACCGGCGCAGACUGGACUCAGGAGGCUAUGAGCGAUGAUUCGUUGGUGGCCGAGGCUCUGAUCUGCCUCCACCACGCUGAGCCGCCUCCUCCUCCUGUGAAGAACGGCGGGUCCGAUCUCAAGCUGAAAUGGAACGUGCGACAGCGGAGGAGCAAGGCGGCGACACCGUCAAUAAAGAAGGGAGAUCACACGCGUUCCAGUCCCACUACGCCUCUUUCCUGGAGCGGCGCUACCUCUCUCAGCGGUGGUGGAGGUGGAGGCAGCGGCGCUCCUGCUGUUGAUGGAGUUGAGGAGUCAAGCGGCGGCGUGAAACUGUCAGAGGCCGUUAGAUCUAAGAUAUCUCAAACGAGUGUAACAACAACAACCCCUUUCAAGAGAUCAAGAAAGAAAAAGACGCUUGCUGAACUUAAAGAGGAAGAGAGCUUGCUCUUAAAGGAAAAGAAAAGCCUCAAAAAUGAACUCGCAAGUAUGCGCGAUAUGCUGAAGCAACAAAGAGCAAGAAACGAGUCGUUAAAGAAAAUCCAGCAGGCUGCUGAGUCACAAAAGAAUGAUGAUUCCUCCUCGUUUUUGCUGCCUGACCUUAACAUACCCCUUGAUAACAGCCCUGUGGAACCAGCUAAUAUAUAACCAGCCACAGCACAGCCAUCAAACAUGGAUAUUCUUUUGUCAGCCACACACGUUCAAGACUACGCUAUAACUGUAACUAUAUUUAUGAUAUGGAUAAGUCUAUAAAUAGAUAAUCGUUCUCCCCUGUCAUUGUCUUCUUUGCGGAAGGGGAAAAGGAUUCUAAUGGCAGUGGAGACGAGUUAAAUGUUUUUGAGUCUUUUUCUUUUCUUUCAUAGAUAUUAAUUCUUACGUCGUAGCAAGUUUUUGA